CGGCGGAACCCGAAAAGGCUGCACCGGUUGCUAUCGAAACUAACUGCUCGCGACGCCUUAAACAGCCUCCACCACCAUCACAAUUGUAAGCGGGGGGAAGGACCGAAACCCCCAGUGUAGAAACUUCGGCAGACACCCAGCGAAACACCACCAUUUGUCGCUCGAACGAGAAGUGGCUGCGCAAAAUUCCUUUCGUCUGCGAGAGCGAGGUAAAGAAAGGAAGGAAAAAAAUCUUCAAAACCGUCACCAUCUUUGGAAGAGGUGUUGCGCAUGCGCAACCGCUGUCGCAGGAUGAUGCCAAGAAAUAUUAUGUAGUCGGCCCCAGCGGUGCGAAUACUUUCAGGUUUGGAACUAUUAUUUCUCCCUUAUAAUUAUCCCCAUAUGUGAAAUCACAAUUCUUCGACCAGUCGAUAUUUAGCAGACUCAGCCUAGGCAUGUUUUCGAUAUUUUUCUUCACCUAAUUUAAUACCCUCAUUCAUUACGCACAUUCCUCCGACACUCCCAACGAACCCCAUAAAAUUUACCAUCGGAACAACCAGCUAAGUGGUAAGUAUAUAAUUAUUUUACAUAAAGCUCUAACUGCAGUUCUGUUUAACUAUCGUUUUCCCUGCUGCUUGUUCCAAAGUUAAAAUUUACUUACUUUUUGGUUAACUAUUACGCAUUUUUGGAUCGAUAGUAGAAUAUAUGAUACUUAAAGUUAGUAUGUAAUUUUAAUAUACUAUUUUGUUAAUUUAAAUAUAUUUUCUGAUGAAAAACGUUUCUUAGGAUUAAAGCUAAUUUAUUUAUUCCUUAUUUCAAAAAGUCAAGAUUUAUGAUACGGAAAAUUGAGUUAGUUAUCGUGCUUUGAGUUCGGAUAUUACGAAGUCAAAUUUGUUAGAAUUAAUCGCGAUAUCCUUUUAAAAAAAUUCAAAUCAUAUGCAGUAUUACAAUAUACAUAUAUAAAACUAUCUAUGAUACCUGAUAUAAUAAAUCUACUUUCAGAAAACCAUUUUAGAACGGUGUCUCGGUCACCGUCAGAGAAUAUUCGAUAUUUUUCCACUGUUCUGCCUUUAGUAAACGUCUCUACUAAUGACUUCUUUCAGGAAACUAAAAAAGCACCGACGAUUGAAGAAUAUCUCUUAUAAUACAACAGAGAAGCCUCCUUAAACUGAUAUUUGAAAUCUAGUAAUUGUCCCUGAAAAUUAUGGACCAAAUAUCGGAGAUGUGGGUAAAACAAAUUCGGUGCUGUACGUGCCCAAAUAAAUCUCGUACUGAAAAUAAUAUUAAUCGUGUCGUUCUGUUUAAAAAUGUGUUUUCCGUUAUCGAGUGAAUCGUAUAAAUAAUCGAUAAAUUUAAACUGAGAGUUAGUUGUGGUAAACAUAACAGAAUUUUACACGUUUUAUACAUUGUAUCAGUUUACAUAUAGAAUCUUUUUCUAAUUAAUUGAAUGUUGUAUUUGCUGUAUUAGGUAUUUACUAACUUUGGUGUAAAAUGAACUAUUUUUUUAAUGUUUGUAUGUUACGAUUCGAAGUUACUAUUUCGUCCGUGAAACUUCAGACUACAUGUUAGAUGGAUGUGCAGAAAAUAGUAUUUGCAAAACACUUAAUAAGUGAUCUCCUUUCUCUUUCUUGUACCGUGCUCAUGCAAGAAAGGUACUGCCCCGUAAAUUAGGUAAGAAAUAUAUCGAAAACAUGUCUAGUGAAAAUCAAGAAGAGAAGUUUUGAGAUUUGGACAUUAUUUUGCACUGUAUUUUGAACCAAACUGCACCUCAGGCUUCAACCCAAACUUGUAUAAGUGUCAAUACAUACGAAAAAAAAAAUCCAUUACGUGAAAGCAGCGAAAGAAGACAAUAGCUCUGACUGAAAAAUAUUUUUAAUACGGUCUUAUAGAGACUUUUUUUGUUCUGACUAAAUACAGCAGUUUCGACCUGUUAUUUUUUGGAGACUAUACUCCUUCGGAGAAAUGUAGAUUAGGAGAGACGAGGCGAGAAUCUCGGAAGUCAUUUCAGUUUUUAUUCAAAUCUUCCCUUUGGAAUACUCAUUAUAGCUUAAGAUAAAACUAACUAAAAAAUACAAUUAGUGCAGCUCUAUUGUUGAACGUUCUGCUUAGCAUACUUCUGUCAUUCAAGUGGUAUCCCAUUUGGUGAAAAACGUUAAGGAUUCGAAUAAUAGUGAAAGGAAUUAUUGAAAACUAAAAGGAAUUUUUUAUUCGGUGUCAUUCAGGAAAACUUUUGAGUGUUAAGAAAUUUAGAAUGGUUUAGAUAUCUAAGCAAAACAGAAAAUAGAGUUAAUUCAGCACUGUACUCAACUUGGUUUAGAGAAAAGCAAAAAAUUAAGUCUUAAGAGAAAUUUAAAAAUAAUAAUUCUCAAAUGUAAUUUAAUUGAACAUAGUCUUAAAAGAUUUUGCGAGAAGGACAAUAAUUAAAUUUCGGCUUCUAACAUCCCGUCACUUGGACCUGAAUUCGUUUUAAAACAACUUCAUUAGGAUACGUUUUUUUCGCGUAUAGCUAGAACCACGUACAGAAAUCAACUAAGAAAAGGGAAGAUUUGAUAUUUUUUUUUCUCGAUCUCGCUUCACCAAAUAGCAAACCCAAAGGGCAGAAUCUAAGGUCACAAAUAUUAUUCGAGACUGCAACCCGGCAUACAAGGAGCGAAUGUUGCAGCCUAAAGGGGGAAGAGGAAAGGCGAAUCGAAGAACACGUCUUGCAGAACAACCAGAAACUCUAUGAAGAUUCGGAACGGCAGAAAUUGCUCAGAUUACUAUUCUCAAGGACUGAAUCAAUAACGCUCUUGCUUCGAGGAAUCAACAAGACGGACAGACAACUCUAUCCGAUGUCUCACUCCUGAAGUUAGCGAGAGUUUUCCAUGGAGGAGACGACAGUGACCAACGGAGAUGGGGGCGACGGGGCGGCCAACGGGACUUUGCCCUUGGAUCCCCACGAAGAAUGCAUGAAAGAGCGCAAAUGGUGGUGUUUCCUUCUGUCGAGCGUGUUCACAUUCAUGGCGGGACUCUUCAUCAUCCUGAUAUGGCGAGCAUUUGCUUUUCUCUGUUGCCGGAACAAGGAGAAGGCGGCCGGGGCAGCUGGGGUGAAAGUGGCCAAGGCAGCGGCGGAUCCUAGCGGCAAAGGCGGCGCGGCGGCCGGUGGAAAUGAAAUAGGAUUUAUGACCGAAGCUAAAGACUGGGCCGGGGAACUCAUCUCUGGCCAAUCGACCACAGGAAGGAUAUUGGUGGUGCUGGUGUUCCUACUUAGUAUAGCGUCAUUAAUCAUCUACUUCAUCGAUGCCUCUCGCACUGGACACUCCACAAAAGGAGAUGGAGUCGAGAUGUGCCAAUCAUGGGCAACCAACACCACCCAACAGAUAGACUUAGCGCUAAAUAUAUUUUUUAUGGUCUACUUUUUUAUACGUUUUAUAGCUGCAAGUGACAAACUGUGGUUUAUGCUGGAGCUAUAUUCCUUUGUUGACUACUUCACUAUUCCACCGUCCUUCGUGUCAAUUUAUCUAGGCAGAACAUGGAUUGGGCUUCGUUUCUUGCGGGCGCUGCGCCUCAUGUCUGUACCCGACAUCCUGCAGUACUUGAACGUGCUGAAGACCAGCAGUUCGAUUCGCCUGGCACAGCUCGUGUCAAUAGUCAUCAGCGUUUGGUUGACAGCAGCAGGUGUCAUCCACUUGCUAGAGAAUUCAGGCGACCCUUUGGAAUUUCUAAACCCCCAAAGCUUAACAUAUUGGGAAUGCGUCUACUUCUUAAUCGUGACCAUGUCAACGGUUGGCUACGGAGAUAUCUACUGUCAAACGUCCUUGGGGCGGGCCUUCAUCGUGUUUUUUAUUCUCGUCGGUUUGGCGGUGUUUGCUAGCUGCAUUCCGGAGAUCAUUGAUCUGAUUGGUUCCCGGCCAAAAUACGGGGGGACCUUCAAGUCCGAACGAGGUCGAAGGCAUAUCGUAGUUUGUGGACAUAUUACCUACGAGUCUGUGUCUCACUUUCUUAAGGAUUUCCUUCAUGAGGACCGUGAAGAUGUUGAUGUAGAAGUUGUGUUCUUACACAGAAAACCACCCGAUCUGGAGCUGGAGGGAUUGAUUAAAAGGCACUUCACCACUGUGGAGUUUUUCCAAGGCAGCGUCAUGAACACGAUUGACCUCCAGCGAGUGAAAGUUCACGAAGCAGAUGCUUGCCUGGUGCUAGCCAACAAAUACUGUCAAGAUCCCGAUGCAGAAGAUGCUGCCAACAUUAUGAGGGUCAUCUCCAUCAAAAACUAUUCAGAUGAAAUCAGGGUCAUCAUCCAGCUCAUGCAAUAUCAUAAUAAGGCUUACCUUUUAAACAUACCAAGCUGGAACUGGAAACGUGGCGAUGAUGUCAUCUGUGUAUCUGAAUUGAAAUUGGGCUUCAUUGCUCAAAGCUGUCUGGCACCUGGCUUCUCGACCAUGAUGGCGAAUCUCUUUGCCAUGCGGUCCUACAAAACAUCUCCAGAUAUGCCAGAGUGGCAGAAUGAUUACCUGUGCGGCACAGGAAUGGAGAUGUACACGGAAAAUCUAUCGCCGUCAUUUGGUGGAAUGACCUUCCCACAGGCAGCAGAACUUUGCUUCGUCAAAUUAAAACUUCUUUUGCUGGCAAUCGAGAUUCCUAAUGAGGAUAGCUCGGACACAAAGAUCACCAUAAAUCCUAAAAAGAAGGUAAAGAUAGGCCCCAACACCCAAGGUUUCUUCAUGGCCCAAUCAGCUGAUGAAGUCAAAAGAGCGUGGUAUUAUUGCAAGCACUGCCAUGAAGAUGUAAAAGAUGAAAAGUUGAUCAAGAAAUGCAAGUGUAAAAAUCCCAAAGAUUCCAAACAGAAAGUGGCGCUGUUUAAGAAAGGUGUCAGAGCUGUCCAAGUUGUUGGACGGGCAAAAUUUUUUAUCUCAAGAACUGGAAGUGCAGUUGAUAUUGAGGCUGAAGUAUCCGAUUCGGACCAUAAUGAGAGUGUUCACAACUCUACAUUCCCAACUUUCACGCCUCCAGAAAUACCCAAGAGGGUGAAACUAAGAGACGCACCAAAAAAUCCAAAUGAAUUCAGCAAUAUCGCGGGACAAGUUGGUGGUCGGCACAAUGCCACGCACCGCGGAAGUCAAGGAACUACUGCCGUGCAUGGCACCACACCCCGCCAAAGAAAUUCUUCUAGUGGCCUCAAGGUACAGAGAGCUCCUGGAGCUAACCCUUCGACUCCUCUCUUGACGUCCCCAGCCCCCAAUAACAGUGUCGGCGGCAUGGUGCAAGGGGGCACCAAUACCGGACAUUUUCCUAGCCCGCUGGCUAACACAACGCACGGCGCCAGGACCGACGACACAUUUGCUGGCUUACACCUAGCCUAUGAAGUGAAAAAACUCAUGCCCACUAGUAGGGCGACUGGCACGAAUGGGUCAAACAAACAAGAGGGCCCACUUUCUGUUGGACUUGCUGAUGACCAAGCUAAGGAUUUUGAUUUCGAGAAGACAGAGAUGAAAUAUGAUUCAACGGGCAUGUUCCAUUGGUGCCCUGCCAAAUCUCUGGAAGACUGCAUUCUGGAUCGAAAUCAAGCAGCCAUGACUGUACUAAAUGGUCAUGUCGUAGUGUGUCUCUUCGCUGAUCCUGAUUCUCCACUGAUCGGUUUGAGAAAUCUUGUGAUGCCACUUCGUGCCAGUAAUUUCCAUUACCACGAACUCAAACACGUUGUUAUCGUUGGAAAUGUAGACUAUCUUCGACGUGAGUGGAAGAUGCUACAGAAUCUACCCAAAAUCUCUGUACUGAACGGGUCGCCUCUCAGUCGCGCUGAUUUGAGAGCAGUGAACAUCAAUCUCUGCGACAUGUGUGUCAUACUUUCUGCGAAAAUUCCAAGCAGCGAUGAUCCGACGCUUGCGGACAAGGAAGCCAUCUUGGCUUCACUGAAUAUAAAGGCCAUGACGUUCGAUGACACGAUAGGAGUGCUUACUCAUAAUCCAGGAGGCCCAGAUGCUUUAUCCCCCCUCGGUAGUCCCAUUGUGAUGCAAAGAAGAGGAUCCGUAUAUGGAACUAAUGUUCCACUGAUCACAGAACUAGUGAAUGACACAAACGUACAGUUCUUAGAUCAAGACGAUGAUGAUGAUCCUGAUACUGAGCUCUAUUUGACCCAGCCUUUCGCCUGUGGCACUGCCUUUGCUGUCAGUGUCCUGGAUUCUUUGAUGAGCACAACGUAUUUUAAUGCGAACGCCCUCACCCUGAUCCGAUCGUUGGUUACCGGGGGAGCAACGCCGGAGCUAGAACUGAUCCUGGCAGAGGGCGCAGGACUCCGUGGUGGCUACAGCACUCCAGAGUCACUGGCUAACAGAGACCGUUGUCGCGUGGGCCAGAUUUCCUUGUAUGAUGGACCCCUCGCUCAGUUUGGGGAGGGAGGUAAAUACUGCGAUCUUUUCGUAUCGGCCCUCCGCAGCUACGGCAUGCUUUGCAUUGGGCUCUACCGGUUCAGGGAUACCAGCUCAUCGUGCGAAGCCUCCUCGAAGCGCUUCGUCAUCACGAACCCUCCUGCUGAUUUUCCACUCCUUCCCACAGAUAUGGUGUUCGUGCUGAUGCAAUUCGAUCCUGGCCUUGAAUACAAACCGAACCGAGGGGAAGAACCGAAAGAAGACAAUUCCUGACUUCUGCACUGUAGCGCCUUGACUGACGGGCCUUACUCCUUCAUCUGAUUUCCUCUCUGCAGUUUAGGAUGAAUGGCUGCACUCCAAAGAUCUCGCUGCAGUUAAAGAAUUAUGAUACUUAGAUCCAAGAGGACAAUCAAGAGCUUGUAAUACCUUCAAAGUAUUAUUACCAUGAGCUGAAUUACCUCAUCUUGCAGGAUUCUGCUCAAUAUUGUUUAAAACACAGCUCUGGGAGGAUUGGAUCUUGAGGCAUGAUUAACCUGAACUCAGAGAGAAAUCUUCCACAUGAAUUCCAAAAUUUUUAACAGUUCUAGCCAGUACAUAGUGCACUUAUUAUUUUUAUGCCUUCAUUCAAGUAUCUAGCUCAAAAAAAUAUUUGAAACGAUGCUUUUAAUAUAUUAAUGAGAGUGUUAAAGAAAUUACAACUAUAUCUGGAAUAAGGUGCUCAUUUUAAAUUCUUUAUUUACUAAAUUAAAUCGAAGUUUAAAUUACCGAUAGUAGUUAAAUGUGACAAAAAUUUUGCGUCACGAUUAGCAAGUUAGCUUAAUUUAAGUAGAGAAAAAUUAGAAGCAAAUAUUUCUUGUUCAAAAUUAAGAGACAAGGCUUUUCGUCAAGGUCGCUACAGUGAACCAAAAUGGAUAUAAAAAGUGACUGGACAAUAACAGGAACUUUUCGUUUUAGAAUGGGAAACCAAUCAUAAUGAUGUACAGAGGUUAAAGCGUUUCACCGCUUCAUGCCAUUUAAGUGGCGCAUUUGGGUGUAUUCCGUUGCAACUCAUCGAGUGUGCAGCAGUAUAAUGAAGAAUAUAUGUACAGGAAUUAGUCAAUUUAAGACUCUGAAACUAACUGUUAAGUUUCAACAUUACUCAGAGAUUUCUGAGGACAGAAACUGUGGCUCAAAACCAUCUUAGAGAUGGUUUAAGGUUGGAUAUACAAGAGACCAACGAUAAACGCAUUCUUCAAUUCUUAGUGCCAUAAAAGUAGAAUACUUGACUGUGCCAAUGAACAAUUACAUGAUUGGCCAGUGUGUGUCCUCCAGCUUUUCUUGAUCAGUCUUACAGUGGCAUAGUACUUAUUUAUUUUAAACAACUGAAAUCAUACUUUCAACUGAAACAUACAACACAAAAAAGGCAUUGCAGGGAUUUUAUUUAUUCCAUUUUUAACUCCAUAUUUUAUUUUUCAAAGGAAGGAAUUUUAAGCAAGGAAAUUUAGGAAAAAAGUUACUUUCUAGUUUUUUCUUUCACCUUGAAUCUAUAAAUAAAUUCAAGCAUUACUGAAUACAGUAAUUUUCAAUCUGAAGCUAUGCCACUGUUAUUGACGUAACUGUCUGUGCAUUUGUAAAAUUAACUCCUUAGUAUUCAUUUAUGUUUGCCGUAUUGCUGGCACACAUCUUAUACUCUAUGUCUAUCCAAAUAAUUAUCAUUUUCAAAUGCAAUCCACAUUAGAUUCAAAGUUAAAACCAUUCUUCUUACAAUACUAAUAACAAUGUGUGACUGCUAGUAGGUUAAGAUAUGACAUAAAUAUUCAGUGUAUAUAACUUAAUAUGAUGUGCAUAAACCCUGAAUUACAACAAAAUAUAUACUCAUAUGAAACGAAAACUGUAACUAAAAUUUCUCUUAUUCCAUGUAAACUUAAAAAGUGAUAUUAUAUAUAUAUAUAUACACACACAUUCAUAGAUGUAUAGUGAAAUUUGUGAUAAACAGUGCAUGUCUGAACAUCCCCUCGGUAGAAAUUUAUAAUUUUUUAUAGAUCUUAAAAUACUUCAAGUUUAUAUUGCAUAUUCCUGUUUUAUCGCUACGAUAGAUACUUAAUAGUUCUUAAAUAUUUGCGAUACGCAUAAAUUCAUUCCAUAGUCUAAAGUUACCUCUUAACUGAAGAAAUGAUUGAAAAAUACCUCCAGUUAGAGGUAAGAUUCAUUUCAUUCAAAUUUUAACUUAAAAAAACACAUUACUGACAAAAUAUCUGCAGCAAUUGGUUCUAACUUUUCCAAAUGAAGUAAUUUACUUACUGAAAAUUCCUUAUUAUAAAAGCAUAAUUCCUUAACAUAAUGGAAAUAAUUGAGAACAUAAUGUAUAGAAUUCCAAUGUACCGUAAUUUUAAAUACAGUUCUCAGAAAAUGUACUUUAAAAAAAUUUUAUUAACUAAAUAUAAAUUCUAAAUAGCUCAGACUUUUAUCUGCUCUCGGCUGAUGGAUAACUGUUUAACCACAUUGUUAAGAAAUACCCUUUUUACUCCAGAGCCACUGGAGAUAAGUAAUGGCAUAUAAGUGGAAACAAGGAACGCAAAAAAUAUAACAUAGACGAGAUCGAACCCCGGUUUCGGAGGGAAGUAUUUCCAAUGCACUCAGCUAUAUUUGUUUUUAAUGUGCAAAAACAGUUAUCCGAAAGCUAAAUUUAUUUUAUCAUAAUACAUUUCUGCAAAAAAUCAAAGAAUUCCAAAGAAAUAUAUCAUUCCUUACUAAACUAAAAAGUUGUCCUUUAAUCUAGUUUCGAAAUAAAAUGAAACUUAAAUUUAGUAAAAUAAAAAUGACAGUUUAAGUCUACCCUACUAACACAGAACAGAAACUGAAUACCGACAAUUUAAGCCUGAUUAGCAACCAAAAUGAAAUUUAAGCCAGAUGUCAUUUAGAUAUUUCUUUUUAUAUCUUCGUUAAAUCGGUAUAUAUUAUCCUAAAUGUCUGUAUAUAACACGUGGAAAAUUUAGUUUGCUUUGGCAUUCGAAAAACAGUAAUUAUGUUUUCUUCAGAUAUCAAGAAUUCGAAAGCACAUCUUCGGAGCAGAUAAAAGUUUAUCAGUUGCUGCAGAUUUACAAAAAUAAUUAGAAAAAUAUUAUUAAGUAUGGGAAUUAUUUCCACCCGAAACCGUGGGUUUGCUGUAAAUAUCGUCUGUGAUUAGUAAUUGCUCAAAACCUUGUUCAAAGCAAAUGGCAUUCUUCAGUGGCUAAGAGGGGAUAACAUUCCUGCACUGACAAUUCUUCGGUUGUGACUGGUAUGGUAGUUAAUAAUGCAGCAGACCAAAAUCCUGUUCAGCAAGAGGUUUUGAUAUGGUAAUUUUGUCGAGUGUUUCAAAACUUGUACAACAUCACAAAGUAGGGGUAAAAUAAGGAAGAAAUGUGCUAGAUGAUUGGAAAUAAAGGAAAUUCAAAUUGCCUCUUUACUCUGAAGAGGCUACAUGCCACAUCAUUUGUCUUUGUAAAAUCUAAAUUACAACUGCGUGUUAAGUCAUAAUUUUAUCAUAAUCUUGUUUGAUAAUAGAAAUGUGGUAAGUAGAAAAGAUGAAACAAAUAAAAAUUUUAUAAGUUGAAAAAAUAAAAUAAAUUGAAAGUUAAUUAAUCAAAUUAAAAAAAUUGAAUUGACUGAAAAUAAAUUGCAACAAAAAAUAGAUACACAGAUUUCUUUUCCUUAAAUUAUAGUUUGUAAGGGCAAGAAUAAAUUUCAAAGAAACUUCUAAUGGCAGAAUUAAAAAUUCAGGGAUACUUGCAUAUCAUAUAGGUUAGAAUUCUAAAAUAUUACAUCAUAAACCAAAUCUAUUUCAAAAGUAUUUAAUCUCUUUUACCUUAAGAAUAAAUUAGGAACUGGAAAAGUCACUACCAUUUACAUCAUAGCAUUUAUAAAACUGUAGAGACUUAGUUUCACCCUUCUGUGUGAUGUUGUACAUAUGUGAGAACACUUAUUCCUAAAUAUAAACAAACUAUAGACAAUCGAGAGGCAUUGUGUAACAAACGCAACUUGGUUUGUGAUCUAAUUUAUUAAAUAGUGUUGUCAUUUUGAUCGCAGAUAAAUAUUGCUUCUUUGCAAAAUUUGUUACUACAGCAGAGAAUAUAAUAAUAAAGGUAACUUUGUCAAGCUUUAUCAGCUUCUUUGAUGUUCAUUGUCUAAACAUAAAAAAUAUUGCCAAACAUCGUGCAGUACACAAUGUUUUGAAGAAAUAAAAUUGUGGUGGUGUGUGC